AUGUAUAGGAACAACGACGGCAAAUUGUGUGGCCCAGAUAGACAACCGCUUACCGGAGUUUCACGGGACGAGCUUCUCUGGUUCUUACGCACAGAAUACGAGGGACAGCAUCGGGCCAAUAUUCCGUAUUCAGCCACCACAUACACCUACAGGCCAUCAGUUCGCGAUGUCGUUGCCAAUGACUUGCCAGAUAUACCUCUUUACCAUUGGAUAGAUGCUUGUAACAAGUCAGUUCCCGUCUAUAUUAUACCCGGCCGCAGGUGGCUACUCCUUCGCGUGGUACUCCAUAAUUAUAUCUACCGACGUUGGUUCCGUCCAUAUCGGAGCGAAAUCGACAAUGGACGCUUCAUCUGCAAAUUUAUUUACCCACACAAUUUACCUGACGAACCCACGACUUCUAUGGUGACUAUCCGUGAUAUCAUUUCUCUUAAUCAGGCCAUCUGCAACAAAUUUGAGACACAGCGCAGUAUUUAUGCUGAAGAGCGGUGUUCAGAUACCAGAUGGGUUGAAAGCGACUACAUUGAAGGCUGCUUGGAUCAUCAUAUUCUUCAACCUUUAUUUCUAGCACUGCUUAUUGUUGUAUCCGAUGAGAAAUACAACAAGGAAACAUCUGAGACUGUCGGGAAUCUUCCCGUGUACUUGGUUCGCACAGGUGUAGAAGAGGGGCUCAGCGCACCCAUCUCUUUCGAGCCUAUCUCAGCCAAGGUUAUCAGCCACCUGAAACCCGGAAGAGUUGUCCAAGUCACAGUGGAGACGGCCAUCGAUUUCGUCAAGGGAUUGGAGGCUAGAGAGGCUGCUGCAUUUGGGCUGCGACCUGACCCGGUAGCGGAUUGGGUGCCGCCUGGGCAAAUGAUUGAAGAUUGGAAGUUGACAGGAGAGACUGGACCGCUGGCUGGACCCAAUUCACAGUGGGUGAAUAUUGAGAAAUAUCCGAAGUGGAGUGGGAGUGGCGAGCGAAACGACUCUGGGCUCAUGGCUCGGUUUGAAGAACAGGCAUUUAGGCUGGAAGCUAUGAGAGAAGCUGGGAUGUAG